UUUUCUGGGAAACGGGCGGUUCGCUUUAAUAGGUUUGUUCUGCUAGAUACGCCCAUGACAAGGUUUUGAUACGCCCAUGACAAGGUUUUGAUGAACUGUCGCAUGUUCUUUGUGGGUGUGAAGGGAUGAACUUACUUGCACGCAGUUGAACUUUCUUUUCAGAUACACCACGCAAGUGGAGAAAUUUGUAAAGCGUAGGAAGAACUUUGACUACUUUGGAGUUCGUGACAGGUAAAAUAACGCGAUGUUUACGGAAGAAACGGGUAAAAAAUUCGUGCUUCGAACUGUGCCUCUGAUUGAGGCUAGGCAGCCCAGCGAAUAUUCUACGUAGUAGUGUGGAAGUUCGGAGAUUUCGACUUUCCUAAAUUAAAAACCAAAACACGUGACUUGAAAUUUGGCAUACGCAUUCCAAGAAGAAAUUUUUUUUUUUAUUUGGACAAUGUGAAACUCUCAGAACUGCUUUUAUUUUUACAAUUACAUCAAAGCGUGAAGUUUUUUUUUGCCAGAUCAAUGAUCGAUGGCAAACGGCGUGCUAGACAUCUCCCUCAGUACUUGACUCCAGCUCUGUACACUGGCUCAAUGGGAAAUCCGGCCUCUUGAGAGCAUGCUACACUGAACUCCUUUCGUUUGCCAUCAGUUAGAGCUGUGCAUGUGUUUGCACAUAAAUCUGAUUAUUUGGAUGCCAUGUCUGGGUUAGAUUCUGCAGAGCUCCUUGCACAUGAUCCGGCGAACAGCAGCGGCACGGUCCGGGCAUCUCAGGACUGUGGUGGCGAUAACAAGAAACUUCGAAGAAGGGAAAAAAACAGAAUCGCUGCGCAAAGAAGUCGGAAGAAACAGACCCUGAAGGCAGAUAAACUACACAAGGAAUACGAAGGGCUGGAACAGGAAAACACUGCGCUAAAAAGGGAAAUAAGGAAACUUAGUGAAGAAGUGAAACAUUUAUCAGAUGCUUUGAAAGAUCAUGAACGAGUAUGUCCAAUGAUACACUGUACCAUGAACUUUAUCACAACUCCCAGACCUCACCCUAACAUAAUCGCCAGCUGUUUAUCUCAUGAAGGCCAAAGUGGAGUCUCAUAGAUGGCUCAAGCAAUGAAGAUUUAAAUUUGGUAUUUUUUUAGUGAAAAGUUGACAUAUAUAUUCAUAUUUCGAAGUAUAUUUGAUUUUUGUAUGCAGUCUAUUGUCCUAAGUAUUGUCUUUAUGAUAGGCCUAAUUGUGACCUAAAUGAUGCUGCUGUGGUCCUGUGCACUGUUCGGCCAAGCCUAAGGAUACAAGUUUUGCAAGCUUAUUAUUCAGUGUGUACUUUUUGCUUAGCUUAAACUCACCCUAUUGAACAGGAAGAAAGUAUUUUGAAAACGUGCAGCUUUUUUUUAUCUUGGACGUUUUUGGUGGAAAAACUCCCCACAAAUCAAAUGCAGCAUUUGCAAUUUUUUUUUCAACAAUUAUGUACGUGAAGCACGGUUGGUACAUUGGGACACAAACUCUCAGGGAUUCUAAUUUAAAACACAUCAUCAAAAUUUUGCUAUGUUGAAACCAGCACUUAAAGAAGAAAGCAGUGUUCAGUCCACUGAAAAAUUGAUAACCGAACAAGUUACAUUUUGUGACCAUGUGCUCUAGAGAAAUAGUGAAAUACCGCAUGUGUGUUUCAAUUCCUCUAAGCUUGAAGGAACCAAACUCUCAGGAUCCUGCACUGAAUUAUUUACACAGAGCUAUUUCUAAAUAGCCGAGAAUUGUCUCAUCAUGGAUAUUAAUAUGAUUCAAUAGCCCCUUAAUUUGAUGCCACCCUUAUCUAAAAUGAAUUGUCUUCUUAGAUUCUGAGUGGUUUACUUUCUGACGUAGAUGGACUGUUUAAUGUUGUUGUACAGCUAAAACAUAAAUGUCUGGAAGUAUGAGGCCUGAAAAUUCAUGCUGCACUGCCUACAGCUCCAUUGUGCGAACUUACACAAUGAUCUAUCAGCUUUCUAUUCAUUUAUUUUGGUUGCUGUCCAGCGACAAACUUCUCCACAACACCCAGACAACAUCUUAAUGCUUUCAACAAUGAGUAUUUCAAAUCUCACCCGACUAUUUAAUGGGUUAACACUUUCAUUUUCAAAGAAACAAGAGGAAAUUCAAAUACAUUUGUGAAGAGUUCACAUUAUGAUAUCUUGAGCCUUAGUAGAGCCAUACAGCACAAACUGUUACAUUUCAAUUAUUUGUUAUAUUUUUAAAUAUGUGUGAAUGAUUAUGUGGCUUUCAUUAGAUUACAUCGAUUGCUGUGCUUUUAUGCCUCCAAUCAGCAAAAUGACCUCAUGUGACCUUGAUUAAAUUAAAAAAGCAGGUGAUGUAUUAGACAUCGCUCAGUGGGCUCCAAUCAUGAUGCAGCUACUUCAAUGACGAGGAAUCUGAUUGUAGUCAACUGGUAGAAUGAAUUCCUUCUCUGCCUCCCCAAGGAUCAAUCAGUCCAUCACUGCAUCAACAAUCUUUGCAAGGUGCAGAGUGGAAACUUGCCUCACCUGAGUAAGAGAGUACAAAACAAGGUUGAUUGCCAAAGUAGUUGGUCUCCUCACAAAAAGUUCUUUUGUUCUCUGAAAUUUGUAGAAUAACUAGAAAAUGUGAGGGAAGAAGUCAGCUCAUUCUGACUUUGUAGAUGCAUAAACACACAAGGUUUACUUCAAACAUCAUAAAGUAGCAUAUAAGUAAAACUGUCUGGUUGCACCCUGAGUGAUGAUGCCUGCAGAACAAUAUGCUUUGGUGGCUAUUUCUGCCUUCUUCAAUUUUCAUACAUAAACAUACUUUGGCUUCAAUUAAUGUCUUAAACAUGCUUUCUGCAAUUUGACGGUUAUCCGGAGUAUCAACUAUUUUCAUCUUUGAAGUCUAUUAGAUUCUGAUUAGUCUUGAACAGGAAGGGUACACAGGAUGUGAAGAGAAUUUUUCCUCAUGUGCGAGCAUCUUGAGCCAGGGGUCACUGUUUGACAAUAAGGAGUCACUUAGUGAAGGCAGGUAUGAGGAUUUUUAUUUCCUUGAAGGGUUGCGAGUUUUCUGAAUAAACUUUAUUGUAAAGCAGUGGGAGAAGUGUCUUUUACUAAUUUUGCCAUAAAAGGUGGAGGUAAGCAGGCAUUGAGAAGUUACUGGAGGUGGGCACGAAUGCAGAGUUCAGGUUGCAGUUAGAUCAUCCAUGACAUUAUACAGCAGAGCAAGCAUGACAAGCAGGGUUGACCUGCUCCCAUUCCUUGAUCCUAUAGAGCAAACCCUCUGCAUCCCAAUUUGACCUACUUUUAAUGAAAAUAGUCUAGAAUUUUUUGGGGCAAGUAUCUCAUACCUAAAAGUUUGCUAACUGUGUCUGAAUAGUAAUCCAUUAACAAUAACACAAAUUACUGUGAUAUUGUAUUUACAAUAUUUGGCCUGUUUCUGCUUCAAGGUAAGGAUAAGUAUGUCAAAUGCUUGGAAUUUCAAAAGCCCACCUAGAUACUCAUGACAAAAGUCAAGGGAUGUACCUGACGAUGUCCAGUGGCACGACAUAUAUUCCUGGGUUUUGCAAAGGACUGAUCAAUUGGGCUCCAGUCCAUCCUGCUAACAGUCUCUGAUUGCAAUCCUGACAGAACAUAAAAGACUCUGAAGUGUAUCUGUCAUGUCAUGCGAGGCUUUCUAGCCCAUUUUUCAUCAUCCUCCCUAUCCAAGUGCAGUGAUCAUUUGAUGCUUGAAGUCUGAUCUGAUCCACUUUCUAGGUGUAGCAUCUUGUAAGAGGAAAUCAGAGAGUAGUUAAAAUAGAUGAAGAUGAAGACUGCAGAAGGUGGUGCUGUCAAACAGGAUUGCUUGAUCCUGUAGACUGAAUAGCCUGAUGCUGCACUGUAAGCCUCUAUAAUUCUAUGAAGAUAGCAUGAUCAUUUGGAGCAGCAGCUAAGCAAAAUUACCACUGAAUGUGCCAACUUGUUCAUAGUCGAUGAACCCUCUGCAGUUUUGCAACCCUGCAUCUCUCUGCCUGCUGAGCUAAAGCCAAGGAAAACAAUUCCCACUGUCAUCUCCAAGUAGGUUCUGAUCAUUUGUUCAAUUCAAUACCAUCUACCCUCUUCAGUAUUUGGAGAUUAUUUAUGUAAUUCAGAAUAUUUUGAUUGAAUUACUACAAUUCUAUAUAGUUAAGUAUUCAGUGACAUUUUAUUGAUGAUCUUUUUAA